UAUGCUUAGUUGCAUACUUGCGCAUAUGUUAAUAGUAUGCCAUUUCGGAGCGCUUGCUAACGCGUUAGCUAGGUAACGUUAUCAACGCAAUAACUUCAUAAGUUGGGUAGCUAGCCAAGGCAGAACUUAACGAGACAUGGAGUACCUGCAAAACAAGGGAGCUAAAGGUUGACAUUCUGUUCUGUCUCUCAGCGUGUAGAGGGAUGCCAGCCUCUGAAGCGGUCCGUCUGGGUCGUAAGCGUGCUCUGUCGCCAUGUCCAAAUCCUCUUUUCCUCCAUUGGCUAACCGAACUGAGAGACCAGGCUAAAGAGCGAGGCUUGAAAACACAGCACGUCUACCAUAAGGCCAUCAACUCUCUUAAGAAAUAUCCCCUCCCUCUGCGAAGUGGCAAAGAAGCCAAAAUACUGCAGAACUUUGGAGACGGGAUUUGUAAGAUCCUCGAGGACAGGCUGCAAAAGCAUUACAAAGACCACGGUGCAGGCGCCCCGAUCCAUUCACUCGCCGGCGGGGUUGAUGCCCCACGCAGGCGCAGUAAUAAGCUGGCUACCUCCAAGCCCCUCUCGGAAACCUCUCGAGAUACCUCAGACCGGGGAAAUGGAAAUUCUAAGAAUCUACAGAGAGACGGAGGGAAGGAGAAAGGGGGGAAAAAGAAGAGGGAAUAUGUGCCACAGAAGAGGACAGGCGGCCAUGCUGUCCUUCUCGCCCUGUACAGACACUGCCAGAUUCCAGGCAGUAAAGGCUUCAUGUUCAAGAUGGAGCUGCAGAGGGAGGCUCAGCCCCUUUGUGACAAGUCCUUCUCUGUGCCAGACGUGGGCAGUAAAUACACCGCCUGGUCCUCAGUCAGCACGCUGGUGCUGAAGGACCUGCUGCAGAAGACUCACAGUCCUGCAAGGUACUCUCUGACUGAGCUGGGCGUGGCCCUGGCAGAGAGGCUGGAGGCCAGCGAGGGGGGGAGUGCGGGCGAACGAGCGACAGUCAAGCCCCCCACCGUGGAUCUGACGGAGGAUGAGACGGAGGAAGGGAGAGAUGAGGAGGAGAGGGAGGACUGCCCGGCAGAGACCCCAGUCCUCCCUGAGUCUGAGUCUGAGGUUGGGGUCACAGGAAGGUCCCAGGCUGCUGAAACAGAGAGGACACCCCCAGGGGAGGCUCUUCUCCCCAGCUGCUACGACAUCGUGCUGUGUGUGGACUUCAUCGAGACGACCGGGGGCAACACGGCACGCAAGCAGGAACUUGUCAAGGAGCUCCAGAGGAACGGUGUGACCUUUGACAUCAGGAAGCUGAACGUGGGGGACUUCCUAUGGGUGGCCAGGGAGAGAGUUACACCAGUACCAGGUCAGCUGCGGCCGCCCACAGCGAGGGAGCUGGUGCUGGAUUAUGUCAUCGAGAGGAAGAGGAUAGACGACCUGUGCGGCAGCAUCAUCGACGGCCGCUUCAGGGAGCAGAAGUUCCGUCUGAAGAGGUGUGGUCUGCGGAGGCCCAUCUACCUGGUGGAGGAGUGCGGAUCGGCUGGCGCUCACCUGAGCUUGCCCGAGAGCACCCUGCAGCAGGCCAUGGCCAACACACAGGUGGUGGACGGCUUCUUUGUGAAGAGAGUGCAGGAUGUCAGAGAGUCUGCAGCCUACCUGACCGUCAUGACCCGACAGCUCCAGAAACUGUACCAGAACAGAACGCUGUUCUGUCGCUCAAGAGAGGGAGAAGGAGAGGGAGAGAGUGAGGUUCCGUGUCCGGGGAGAGAAAAAGAGAGCGUCUCCUGCUCUCUGCUUUCCUUUUCUGAGUUCAACCACGGGGCCGUCAAAAACAAGUGCCAGACGGUGAGGGAAGUGUUUGCCAGGCAGCUGAUGCAGAUCAGUGGGAUCUCAGGAGACAAGGCUGCAGCCAUUCUGGAGCAGUACAGCACAGUGAGCAGUCUGCUGCAGGCGUACGAACAGUGCCCCACUGAGACAGAUCGGGAGAAGCUUCUGUCCUCCAUCAGAUAUGGGAAAUUGAAAAGGAACGUGGGCCCAGCCUUGAGCCGCACUGUGUACCAGCUGUAUUGCACUCCUGGACCUCUGUCAUAGCUGCUCUCAUUCUUAUACUCACACAUUACUCAUCCUGUACAGAAACUCUUACACACGCACACACACACAAACCCGCCUUUCCUGAUUGGAAAUGAACAGAAAAACAUUUCUGUGCAGGCAGAAAAUAAUUGCUCUGUUAUUUGUAUAUGAAAUCGUGUUGCUGAAAUACAUAUUUUUAAA